AUGCGUUCACAGGAUGCAUUAAACUGGUGCUUAAAAUUCCAAAGGCUUACUCAAAACUCUAGUGUUCGACGAUAUAGCAACGUUGUACAACACACUAAUCCUCAAUCAAUUCAAAACUCCAAUUCCAGACGGCAGAACCAAUCAAGUAAGACCUAUACAAACUCCAAGAUUCUCCAAUGCCUAUCUGAGAUAAAUGACAGGGAAAGUUUGGCCACAUACAUCCAAAAGCUUCCCAUUUCAUCAUUCACUAUGUUCCUUAAAAACUGUAUUGAUCAGAAUUUCAAUGUCUCCAACAACUUUUGGAUGCGAUUUCGUAAAAGGGAAACAAAAGAACGGGAAAAAGAGCUUAUAGAUUGGGCAUAUAUAUACCAAUUUCGUUUCAAUCGAUCUCAAGUUGAGCUAUUAAACUUCAAUGCACAGUGGAAGAACAUGUACAAUGAGGAAAUGGUGUCGGUAUAUAACCUGAGCUACGUCUGCUGGUUAUUGAAUACCAACCAGGUAGACCUUGCUUCUCAAUACGUUGUGAAAUUUCUUAAGGAAUCGGAAAUUCCAUUGACUUUAGUAUUCAGGACCCUACUUAAGUCUAAUGAUAUGACGAGAUUGCAUUCUGUAUUCAAAAUCUUGCUGGAUAAGCAAAUUGAUCUUUCGGAUGAGUUAUGGACAGAGAUUUUACAAUUGGGUCUUGAAAAUAACAACUAUCCAAUAGUAAAGGAAGUCUACACUAGGUACAUAAUGGAGGGAUUCUCAAAUGGAAAGAUUAGCCUUGAAGAAGCCGUUUUAUCCUUGAUGCCAGAGACAAACAAGAUAUUUGAUUCAAUGACCAAUUCUCUUUUAAUGCAGGUUCUUCAAGUCUUGGCCAUACAUGGAGAUACAACUCUGACAAUAGAUUUGAUUGAAAGUCACUUCUUUCAUAAAAUAGUUGCCGGAGGUGCAGCAUUGAACAAGGAACUUUGUAUCCGAAUUAUUGAAAGUCAUUGUUAUAGCACUGAAAAUAAUGGAACAAGUUUCGAAGAAAUUCUAGACCUAAUUGAUGUAUUCGCUAGGAAAGAUGUAAGCGGAGAUAUGGUGUCUGCUGAUUUGUUUAGAGCAACGCAUCAAAAGUUUGCAAACUACAAACCGAUAAGCCAGUCGGAAUCUUCUGAUUCUGAAGUAUUAAAACCGAAAACCAGAAGUGAUCAACUUUCACUAGCAAAAACAGACACACUCUAUGACUUCGUUGUUCAGAAAAUGGAAUACACACAGCAUUUACAUCCAACAACAAGAUCAAUCUUCAUUGAUUGUUUAUUAAAUUACGUGGCCACAUACUUAAACCAUAGCGGAAUUGUACAAACAUUAUCAGCUUUGCAUUUUGCAAACCCCGCUAGCAUAAAAGAUUUGACUAAACUGUCAUUCAAUCUGAUUUUGUACUCCUUGUCCAAAUCUUCCUCCAAGCGCUGUGCAGUGCAUUAUUUAAAAUAUCUAAAAAGUAUUGAUAUCAAACCAUCCCCGCAAAUGUAUUCAUGGAUGAUUAAUUGUUCGAUACGGGGUUAUUACGAACCUCCAGUGCUUUAUUUCCUUUGGAACUAUUAUCAAGAUCAUGCUGCUUUACAGGGCACAAUGAAGCAAACUGUCAAAGAUUUACCUGACGAGGGUACUGUCGGUCAAUUGAAAUAUCAUCUCCUUGAAAAUGAUAACAUUAAAGCUGCAGUUAAUUCGUUUCAUGUUAAAGCCAAUGAGGAUAACAUUUUGAAUAAAACUGGUUUCAAGAGUCACAACAAGUACCACGAAAAACAUGACCUGGACGAUUUGGCUAAAUUGAAAGCGAUUCUCCCUGUAUACUGA